GAUGGCCUGGUGGGAGGAAAAUCAUUACACAUCUACCUGCCUUCCUUCAGAGGAAAGUGAUUUUGAGGAAGAGUUUAAGGAGGAUGAAGCUGGGCUGAAUGUGGAUUUAGAUUACAAAGAUGCAGACCUGAACUGUAUCAAGUACGUCAUGGGAGAUGUCACGCACCCCAAAGCAGAAGAGGAGGAUGCCAUCAUUGUCCACUGCCUAGAUGACUCCGGCCGCUGGGGAAGGGGUGGUUUAUUUACAGCUCUGGAGGCUCGUUCUGAUCAGCCAAGAAAAAUAUAUGAGAUGGCAGGAAAGAUGAAAGACCUGGAGUUAGGAGGAACCUUGUUAUUCCCCAUUGAUGAUAAAAAAUCCAGGAAAAAAGGACAAGACUUGUUGGCCUUGAUUGUAGCUCAGCACCGGGAUCGGUCCAACAACUUGUCUGGCAUUAAGCUGUCUGCUUUGGAAAAGGGCCUGAAGAAGAUUUAUCUAGCAGCCAAAAAAAGGAAUGCAACAGUGCAUCUUCCACGUAUUGGGUAUGCAACAAAAGGUUUCAACUGGUAUGGUACUGAGCGGCUCAUCCAAAAAUAUUUGGCAACACGGGGCGUCCCCACUCUUGUAUACUACUUCCCUAGGAAUAAAGGCUCUUCCCCUGCUUCACAACCAUAUUCAUCUUCAGUGACAGUCUCAAAGCCGUGAAGAAACAUGCGCAAAUAGCCAAGGAUCUUUUCAACAUCACACAGUCUGUGUGCAUCCACUUCAGAAACACGGCUUACACAGCUGUUAUUUGCCCCUGCAUCUCUCUGCCUUUAUUGACCAGAAUGUAACAUAUUGGCAGUGGCUCUGGAGAGGAAUGAGACUGCUUCAGAGUCCAAAGAGUCUUUGGAUAAGGACAUUGGCUCAAUCCCCAAUCUGUUUUGGGAAUGGAAAAAUUAAACUUUUACUG